UGCGUAGGUUGGAAGAACGGACGGUGACGAUAGAGAAGCGCUUCCAUCGCAGUCGUCUCCUUCGCUCGUCUCUUCUCCAGCGUUUGAUCUCCUUCGCUCGUCCCAAAAUAAACCAACAUCUCAUCGCGCCAUUUCCCAAACGGGAUCGGUGAUGGCGGAAGCGCCGGGAAGCCCGGGUGGAAGCGGAGGAGAUGGGAGUCCGAAGUCGGGGGUGCGGGAGCAGGAUCGGUAUCUCCCGAUUGCGAAUAUUAGUCGGAUUAUGAAGAAGGCUUUGCCUGCUAAUGGGAAGAUCGCGAAGGAUGCGAAGGAGACGGUGCAGGAGUGUGUAUCUGAGUUUAUUAGCUUCAUCACUUCUGAGGCGAGUGAUAAGUGUCAGAAGGAGAAGAGGAAGACGAUUAAUGGCGAUGAUUUGCUCUGGGCGAUGGCGACGUUGGGAUUUGAAGAUUAUAUUGAGCCGUUGAAGCUUUAUCUUCAGAAGUAUAGGGAGAUGGAGGGUGAUAGUAAAGCAACUGCCAAAGGUAGUGAUGGUUCUGUCAGGAAAGAGGCAGGGUUGCUCCACGGUGGAACUCAACCUGGUUCAAGUUCUCAAGGGAUGGCUCAGCAUGUGUCUUUCACACAGGGCAUGAACUAUAUGCACCCCCAGUUUCAUAAUGGGGAUCUCUCAGGUUGAUUAAUGGCUUGUUUAUCUCUGGCAUGGAUCUUCUCAUCCAGGGAUUGAAUGAUGCAGGAAGCAAUGUGGAAGGAUUUCGUCGACAAUACUCUCUUAGUCAUUUUAGGCCCUUCAAGCACCUAGACAAGAAGGUUUUCUAUUCUGUAAAUUUUUUUUUUUCUUCGCUUACAGUAUUUGGCAUGAUCAUGCUGUGAUUAGAUUGAUUGCAUGAUCAGCAGGACUUGCUUGGAUCCUUUAACAAAUAGGGCAUUUCAGAAUUAUUUUCUGCCUUGUAAAUCUUUUUCAUUGCAGUGUUUGUGAUGAUCAUGCUAAAGUUAGAUUAUUAACAAUGUGAUUUGCUGCAGCUAAAUUUCUAAUUUCCUGCCA